AUCAUGUGACCUAUUCUUAGUCUCUCUCUCUCUCUCUCUCUUCUUUCUCUCUCCUCUUUCUCUCUCUCAUAAAAGCCCAUAAAAGAUACAAGCCUAAAUGCCCAACCAUUCCAACCACCAGGGGCACAAAAAGAAAAUAGUUUCUUCUGUCAAAAUAAAAUAAAAUCAUAGUUUAAUCAAAUAUUUGACUUCCCAUUUCUUUCUUUCUUGGAUAGUGUGUUUUUGUGGUGUGUGUGUUAUGCAGCAAUGGCUUCAAAUGUUUCAAGAUUCAUCAAGUGUGUGACUGUGGGUGAUGGUGCUGUUGGCAAAACCUGUAUGCUAAUCUGCUACACCAGUAACAAAUUCCCCACUGAUUAUGUACCAACAGUGUUUGAUAACUUCAGUGCAAAUGUGGUGGUUGAAGGAAUAACUGUCAACUUAGGCCUUUGGGACACUGCAGGUCAAGAAGAUUACAAUAGACUAAGGCCCUUGAGCUACAGAGGAGGCGACGUCUUCGUCUUAGCGUUUUCUUUAGUCAGUCGAGCGAGCUAUGAGAACAUAUUUAAAAAGUGGAUCCCGGAACUUCAGCAUUUUGCGCCUGGGAUUCCGGUCGUACUUGUUGGCACCAAACUCGAUCUACGCGAGGAUAAGCACUACUUGGCCGAUCAUCCAGGAUUAGUUCCUGUUACCACUGCACAGGGUGAGGAGCUUCGUAAGCAUAUCGGCGCUGCUUACUAUAUCGAGUGCAGCUCUAAAACUCAACAGAAUGUAAAAGCCGUUUUUGACGCUGCUAUCAAGGUAGUUAUCAAGCCACCGCAAAAGCAAAAGGAGAAGAAAAAGCCACGCAAGGGAUGUUUUGUGAAUAUGUUCUGUGGAAGAACUAUCCGCCAAGAUUAAAAAAAAAAAUUGCAUGAAGGCUGCUGCCAAGUCUCCACACUGUUUAAUACGUCAACACAAUACAAAACGAUGCCGUUUAUAGUGUAGUAGAUUUAGUCUCUCUCACUCUCCAGGCAAUUUUUGAUUUGCAAGUGUAUUAACAUGUUAAGUGGGGCAGAUCAUAUUUCUUACUGUUUUUCAGUUAUCUUAAAAUUCUGCAUGCAGGUACAUAUAUUAGUAUACAAGGAUUUUAUUCAUUGAUUGUGAAGUUUGAGACUUUACUUCUUAG